GGUCAUCAUGUAGGGCUAUACCAACUCCGGCAGGGGCGCGGGGGUAACCUGAAUUCAAAUAGAAUGAGCUACAAACAGCUCGUUUACAACAUUAACAUUGAAAGUCUUAUUCGUUUUUAAUUAAAGCAUCCCCGGUAUCAGAAUUCCCUUUGCAGUCCAUAUUAGAUUAAUUUGCAAGCCUCGCUGAACAGUUUGUAUUUUGCGAUUGGUAUAUUCCUUGUUCCGCAGAGCGUCCCCCGUUCAGUGGGAGGCAGACCCGUUCAGAGACUGAGGGAGAGGAGAGAGGAGCACCUUCUAAACAGAAUCCCGUGUGCUGCCAUGGACAGUGUGAAGAUGGAGUCUGUCCAGAUUAAAGAGGAGUUCCCUGAACUCGAACCUCUCCCCUUUACACUGGAGUUCUCUGGGCUGGCUUCCCUCCCCAUUAAACAGGAGCUCUGUGAGAUGCAAUGUGACAGCAGCCAGCCAGAGGUCUCUGAGAUUAAAGCUGAGCACAAUGAAUUGGAGAUCCCCCAGACAGAAGAACCCCUUCCUGUGAAACAAGAAGAGGUGCUGGAAACUGUCCGUAUUAAACAGGAGCCACCUGAAGUGGAGUUUGAGCACAUGGAACUAGGGAAGGAAGAAUCCGAGGACUUCAAACCAAACAUCCCUGAGCUGGAGCCUGUACGCCUGCGGGAGUGUAGCGUGGUGCUGGAGAGAAUCUGCGUGAGAGAGCAAGGCGCUGGAGAGGAAGGCUCUUCCAGCAGCACGCAAGGAGGUGGACAGGGAGACGGGCGAUCACAUUCAGAAUGCAGUCUAGCUGAGCCGGGCGGGGGAGGAGCCACCGUCUCCAGAGCCGGGAGGGGGAGGAGCCACCAUCUCCAGAGCCGGGCGGGGGAGGAGCCACCGUCUCCAGAGCCGGUAGGGGGAGGAGCCACCGUCUCCAGAGCCAGGGAGGGGGAGGAGCCACCGUCUCCAGAGCCGGGAAGGGGGAGGAGCCACCGUCUCCAGAGCCAGAAGGGGGAGGAGCUGCUGUAUCCCAGAGCCACAGAGGGAGAAGCUGCUGUAUCCCAGAGCCACGAGGGAGGGGCUGCUGUAUCCCAGAGCCACAGAGGGAGGGGCUGCUGUAUCCCAGAGCCACAGAGGGAGGGGCUGCUGUAUCCCAGAGCCACAGAGGGCGGGGCUGCUGUAUCCCUUGUGGGGAAAUGGCUGGGGUUUAAGGGGGAGGGGAUUAUUUAA